UGUGCGCGCGCGCAUGUACAUGUAGGCAUAUGCGUGUGUUGUAUGUGAGCCUCCUGGGCAUGGGUGGGGGUUGGCAUUGCAGUUGCCACUGUAGCAUCCAACUAGAAGGACAGAAGGAUGGAGUGGAAGAAGGAGGGGAGAGGUGUGGGACCUUGGAGGAGAGGCGAGGGUGCAUGAGUUGCUUCAUGCUGUCUGAAUGCAGGCAUUGGUACUGCGGCUGCCACCCUUGUGCCCAUGGAGAUGAGAGGGGAUGAGUGGAGGGGGCAGCGACAGGAGUCCUUGUGCUCUGGGAGGAAGGUGCGGCACACAAGAGCUGUUGGCAUCACAACUGUUGGGCUUGUGCCCAGGUCUGGGGUUAUGGGGACCAGAGGGGCGAGGCGGUGGAGAGGGAUGUGCUGCCGCCCCUGUCCUUCCAGAAUGAGCUCUGAGAAGUGUUGGACUGUGAAGGAGUUCUCUCUGUUCCAGUCUGGGGAGUGGGGUGAAGAGAGUAGAUGAGGAAGAGCCAAGAACGAAUGGGAGAGGUAGGAGGAGGCUGUGCCACUACUACCCAGGGAGAACUUGUUUGGGCUGGCAGUGUGGCCUUUUAAGACAACACUGGGGAAGACAGCAGGGAAGCUGGGGUGUGAGGGAAGCUGGCACUGCCCAUGGAGCCUGGCAUCGCUCUGGUGUUGUCGGUGCCCCCUCUGAUUUGGUUGAGGGGUUUGCUGUGCCAGGAGUUAGGUGGAGAGAUAAAGGAUGCUUUCUUUGGGAGAAUAGACUCCUUUCUGCCAGGCCCUCCUUCCCAUUCCCUCUUAGGCAUGGAGAGCUGGAUGGCAGAUGGAGUACCCCGUGAGGACACAAUGGAGGAAGCCUGCGAUGGCUAAGACCCCCAAGGAAGAAGAGUGGUGAGCCGCCGCGGAAGCUGGCCGUAUCCUCUAGCCUGGUCUGAGGCCAGGGCCCAGCAAUGAUGGUGAGAGAGAAGGCAUUGCUUUGAAGGACAAUCUCCAGCACCUGUGGUGACAUGCUCCAGCCCCUGAAAAUUUUAACUUUAAGCUGCCCUAUGCAAGAGUCUUCAGUAGCACUGGAUUUCCCCAAUUCCUGGGUAACAUGGCCCAGGGCUUGAUUGAAGUGGAGCGAAAGUUUACUCCAGGGCCUGACACGGAAGAAAGACUGCAGGAGUUGGGGGGCACCCUGGAGCACCGGAUCACCUUCCAAGACACCUACUAUGACACUUCCGAGCUAAGCCUUAUGCGGUCUGAUCACUGGCUGCGACAACGAGAAGGUAGUGGAUGGGAGCUCAAAUGCCCUGGAGUAGCAGGUAUCUCAGGAUCCCACAACGAGUAUGUGGAGCUCACAUCGGAAUCGGCCAUUGUGGCCCAGCUGUUUGAACUGCUCGGGGCUGAGGAGCUUGGGACUGCAGGUGUGGCUGCUGUCUUGGGUUCCCUGAAACUGCAGGAAGUAGCUAGUUUCGUGACUAUGCGAAGUUCCUGGAGGCUGGCCUUGUCUGGAGCCAGUGAAGAGGAGCCGAAGCUCAGAGUGGAUUUGGACUCAACAGACUUCGGCUAUGCUGUGGGUGAGGUAGAGGUCAUGGUGCGGGAGAAGGGAGAAGUACCAGCUGCCCUAGAGAAGAUCUUCAGCUUCAGCACCCUGCUUGGAGUGCCAGCACAGGAGACGGCACCUGCCAAGCUCAUGGUAUACCUACAGCGCUUCAAGCCCCUGGACUAUCAGCGCCUGCUCGAGGCAAACAGUUGCAGUGAAGCCACGGGGGACUCGACAUCCUGACAGUUUCUGGGAGCAGGGUUCACUCUCUAUAAGGGAAGGGAACUCUCCGAAGCUGCCUCCCACACCUGGACCCACCGUGCCCUUCCCUUCCAACAGGGCCACUUUUGUCUCCGGUUCUGCCUGGUCUUUCACCCAUCCUCAGCUGCCCUUCUUUUGAGCCCUCCCUCACUGCCUCCCUCAUCCGUCAGAUGCAAUCUGUGGGCCGCCCCUCUCCCCUGGCCGCUAAGCAGCCUCCAUUGAUUUCCGCUCGUGUUUAUAGGAUUUCCACUUAGCUGUGAUCAGUAGUUAAGCACAGGAAAAUCCCUUGCCACCCCCCCUCCCGUGGUCGAUGCCAUUGAUUCUGCCAGCAGCUCUGAAGCCGCCUUACAGCUGAGUUAGAGAUGCGGGAAGCAGCAGGGAUUCCCCUGCCUUGGGGGGUAGGGAAUAGCAACAAGGCAGGGAAACGGCUGGGAACUUAUGUUAGAGAUACAGAACUCUGCUAGGUCUGCCACUGUGCCCAGAGGGUAGAGUGCCCUAGGUGGCAGUUUAGAGACAAAUUUGCUCUCCAACCCAGAGACGGGGAGAAAGAAAAUCAUUGUUGAGACGGGUUCCUGGGGUCUUAGGAAGUCAUACAUCCUGUGGAGAAGGCUCUACCCUCGCCCCUACACAUUUUCUUUCUCACUAGGUCAAAACCUGCCUUUCUGCCCUGCUCAGCUUUCAUAGGCUGUCAGUCUCUCAGACUGCAGAGACAAACACAGGGCCAGAGUGCCACCUGCUGUUACUGCUGUUAGCCCUCAGGGCUUUUGUUCCCAGCUGAGGGUGCGGACAGAUUUCAGGUGAGCUAAGGCAGUUAGGAAGGAGGCAACGUUUUAACAAUCUAGGACUCCACUUGGCUUGAGCCGUGCACACUUCUAUCUAACAGUGGAUGCAAUUGGCACCCUAGGAUGGCAACUAAGUCCCCGCAUCCUUCUUACAGUGCACCUAGGACUCCCACUGCACCCUCCUGAGUGGCAUGUGUGUCCCACUUCAAACAAUGGAAUAGUCUCUCCUCCCCCAGCAGCCACCAAAAACUCCCCUUUGCGGCGGACAGUUUUCAUUCAAAUAUUUUAGAACAUAUCCGCAUACAGAAAGCAGGGAGCUGUUUGGGUUUUGAGUGCAAGCAGAGUAAGGGAGACUGUGUCUUUUGGGUGAACUUUUAAGGAGAACCCCCUAUUUAUCAUCCUGUGCCUAUGAAGAAUGAGCAUGAUUAAAAACCAGAUGCAUCAUGGGAAGGGUCAUGAACAGUGAGGAAAAGCUUACAGAAUCCAAGCCUGUCAAUCAAAAUAGAGAACCACUCAAAUUAUGCCACUUAGCAAUGAACUCCUUCCCCUAAGACCCCAUUAAAGAAGCACCAGGCAAUAACCCUGGGCCCUCGAGUUCUGUGGCCGGUGCUCUUCGCAAUGUAUUUAUGAUUUGUACCACCACCGCUUUUGAAUAAAGUUUCCUUGCUAUUUGC